AAAAUAUUUUAACUGACGGAUUUUCAGUUCAAGUCUGAAUAAUCUUAACAACAGCAAUUCUGUCUCUGCGAUUUGUUCAGUACCUUUGUUUAGCAAUGGCGAAUCUUCCAAUUAUACAAUUCGAAGAUAAAAUCAUAAAAACAGUAGAAGAGAAUCCAGUAGUAGUAAUCAUCGGAGAAACUGGUUCAGGCAAGAGCACGCAGCUUUCUCAAAUGCUGCACCGCAGAGGUUACACUAAAUCCGGAAUCAUCGGCAUCACUCAACCCCGUAGAGUCGCUGCAGUAUCUGUUGCAAGACGAGUUGCUCAAGAGCUUGGAGUAACGCUUGGAGAGGAAGUAGGUUAUGCUAUUCGGUUUGAAGAUAGGACUUCAGAGUUAACACGAAUUAAAUAUCUAACUGAUGGAGUCCUUCUUCGUGAAAGUCUAUCUGGUCCGGAGCUCAAUCAGUAUUCAGUUAUCAUAUUGGAUGAAGCUCAUGAGAGAAGUUUGAACACGGAUGUUUUAUUGGGACUGGUGAAACGCUUGGUUAAAUUGCGUGCUUCCAAUUUAAAGGUUCUCAUCACAUCAGCAACUCUAGAUGGUGAAAAAGUAUCAGAAUUCUUUUCAGGUUGCCCUAUACUGAAUGUCCCUGGAAAGUUAUACCCCGUGGAAAUAAUGUACAGCAAGGAGCGUCCAACGAGCUAUAUUGAGUCUGCUUUAAAAACAGCUAUUGAUAUACAUACUCGUGAACCUGAAGGAGACAUCUUGAUAUUCAUGACUGGACAGGAUGAUAUAGAGAAGUUGGUGAUGAAGCUGGAGGAUAGAAUUCGAAGCCUAGAGGAAGGUUCCUGCAUGGAUGCAAUUAUCCUUCCACUCCAUGGUUCCUUGCCACCUGAUCUACAGGUGCGUGUAUUUGCUCCUCCGCCGCCUAAUUGUAGACGCUUUAUUGUUGCAACAAACAUUGCUGAAACUUCUUUGACUGUUGAUGGUGUUGUGUAUGUUGUUGAUUCUGGUUAUGUAAAGCAACGGCAGUACAACCCAUCAACAGGCAUGUAUUCCCUUGAUGUUGUACAAAUCAGCAAAGUGCAAGCCAAUCAGCGUGCAGGACGAGCAGGAAGAACGCGACCUGGGAAGUGCUACAGAUUAUACCCGUCUAUGGUUUACGAAGAUGAUUUCCUUGAUGUAACAGUUCCUGAGAUACAGCGAUCUUCACUUGCUGGCAGUGUCCUUUACUUGAAAUCAUUGGAUCUUCCGGAUAUUGACAUUCUCAAGUUUGAUUUCCUUGAUCCCCCUUCAUAUGAGUCACUAGAAGAUGCUUUGAAACAGCUAUAUCUCAUUGAUGCUAUUGAUGAAAAUGGAUCCAUUACUAGUGUUGGGCGGACAAUGGCCGAACUUCCAUUGGAGCCCUCACUUUCAAGAACCUUAAUGGAGGCAAAUGAGAAUGGUUGCUUGUCUCAGGCAUUGACUGUGGCUGCUAUGCUAUCAGCAGAAACCACAUUACUUCCCAGUCGAAGCAGCAGGACUACUGAAAAGAAGCGGAAACACACCUCCUUUGAGUUUGACCUUCCUGAUGGGUGUGGUUUGGGCGAUCACAUCCAGCUGCUGCAGAUCUUUCUGGACUGGGAUGAAAAUGAUUAUGAUAUUGAUUGGUGCAAAGAAAAUGGUUUGCAGGUGCGGGGAAUGAAGUUUGUCAAAGAUGUCCGGAAACAGUUGUGUCAGAUAAUGCAGAAAAUAGCAAAGGGAUCAUUAGAUGUACGGGCAGGCUGUAAGAAACGGGAAGAGGAGUAUAAGAAUUUGAGGAAAGCCUUGUGUGCGGGCUAUGCUAAUCAACUUGCUGAGAGGAUGGUUCAUCACAAUGGCUAUAGAACUAUAGGUUUUAAGCAUCAACUGGUUCAGGUGCAUCCAUCUUCUGUCCUAAGAAGUGAUGAAUAUGGAAUGUUCCCAAACUUCAUUUUGUACCAUGAGCUCAUUGCAACCUCCCGUCCAUACAUGCGGAAUGUGUGUGCUGUGGAGAAUUCUUGGGUUGAUCCCGUCUUGGAAAAGCUCAAGAAACUGAAUAUCAACAAACUGAGUGGGGGUCUUGGUCAAAUUGCAAGAGAUGGAAAUGAGGGAAAGAUCUCAGACUUGCCGCAGAAAGUGGAUCUUUCUAGUGCUAGGGUUUCCGAUGACCCUGAAAGUAGAAUUCAGUCAGCUAGGGAGCGUUUUCUUGCGCGUAAAGCAAAGAAAUGAGCGUGGUCAUUAUCUGUGCUUUAUAUAAAGGAUGGGAUUUGGCAUGUUAUGUACUGGAUAAAGUUCUCCCUGUUUAUGGGAUUAUAACUCGAAUUGGAAUUGCCAAAUCGGAAUUGUCAGGAGGACUUAGGGGCCUUGGGGGAUGAGACUACAGCAUUGCUGUGAAAGCAAAUUAUGUGCCCGAAGUCCGACUAUUUGGGGCUUUACGCAGCGUUAUCUUCUCCAUCACACCCACUGGCGUUUGUAUAUCAGUCUUGCAAAACUUCAAUUUGCUGUCCUGUUGGGCUGCGUUCACAGCACAUCGAAAGGAAAGAUUCAAAUCUUAUGUCGAAAGUCUCUAAUUUUUGAGAUUUGAGAAAUUCUGAAGACAGUCAGCAGGUUCAUCUGUAUUUUAUAAUUGAUUGCGUCUUAAAUUAAGCAAACUCAAGUUUUGGGCAGUCUGUUGUUGUUCAUGGGUCAUAGGAUUGAGUUUGUUAAAAGUCUGUUGCGGUUGCGAACCACAACAAGCAGGGUACGCAAUCCGAAGUAAAUGGUUGUAGCUAUUGAUUGAGCA